AUGCCGAUCCCUUCUGGUCCUUGGGAACAAGUGGCCAUCAACUUCAUGACAGGACUGCCUCCGGUCGAGCUCGAAGGGAGGAUGGUUGCUCAAAUCAUGGUGGUCACUGACACUUGGGGCAAGAUGGUCCACCUGAUUCCCCUCCCAGCCGACGCCGACUCGGAGCUCGUUGCCGAGAAGUACUACGCCACCGUCUUCCGACUGCAUGGGAUGCCUUCCGCCAUCGUUUCCGACCGUGAUCCCAAGUUCACCUCGCAGUUUUGGCGGGCAUUGCAGGCAAAGAUUGGCACCGUCUUGCGAAUGUCAACCGCGGCACACCCCGAGACGGACGGAUUGAGUGAGAAUCGGAUCAAGAUGGUCACCCAAACCCUGCGGAUCAUGGUCUCGUCAAACCACGAGGCUUGGGCAUCUCGUCUUGUUGAAGCUGAGUUCGCUCUUAACUCUUCUGUUGCUGUGUCCACGUCGCUGUCGGCUUUUGAGGCAACCUACGGCUACCUUCCUCGACGCUGGCCUUCGGAUUCCUGGUCUGUCUCGGACGUCCCUCGUGCGGAAGCGUUUGCUCGGAUCCGACAAUUACGGAACCUCGACGUGACGGAUGUGAUCAUUGGAGCACGCCUCAACCAGUCCCAUCAGGCCAACAAGCAUCGACACCCAGACGACCCCGCCUUUCGGACCGGCAGUUACGUCUAUCUUUCGACAAAGAACCUGGCAGUUCCUGAUGGCAUGAAGUCUGUCAGGAUGACAGCGUGUACUCGAAGGAAGCCCCCCAAGGCUAUGUGCGGGUAG